AUGCCUGGCCCUCCUCUGUCCAUGAACCAGCUCAAGAAGCCUUUUGCCCUCUGUGCCUGGGAAAUGCGCGCUCAGGGUGUUGAUGCUGGAAGAGCCAAGCAGCCGCCACAUUUUGGUGAGGGAUUCUGGGGUCCUGUGCCUUUGGGAUCAUAUACCUCCAUCUCCGAUUGUGGAUGUUGUGAGUUGCUCAGAUGCCCAGAAAGGGGACUUGCGUUCAAAGUGAAAGUGGGUCAUCAGGGUUGGGAAGAGUGCUGGACUCCCAUCCCAGGCAGACUGGUGAGCAGCCAGGCUUCGACCUGCCUCCUGUCUCAGCAUGCAGACUCAACCCUAAGCUCAAGGCACUGUGAACAUCCCCACCCCAGUCUGCUCUCUAAGGUUUCUGGUCUUCCUAAAGUGUCCGAACCAAGGAGGCUGAGCUCCGGCUUUUAUCCACCCUGA